GUAAAGCUGCGGUUGGAGUGGCGGCAGGCCUUGUGCUCUACAUUCCUUACAAAUACCUCACGACUCGACCCCGAAAAAGCCCAUAUAAAGAGGAUUAUAAGCCAGGCGUGGUCUACUUGUAUCAAUUCUAUCGAACUUCAGCCACUCCAAACGUUUCAAAUUAUUGCCUCAAACUUGAGACAUGGCUCAGAAUGGCGGAUAUACAUUACGAGAUCGUGCCCGCCCCAAUCUUUCUCCGGUCAAAAGAAGGUACAAUGCCAUUCGUCGAAUUGGACGGAAUCGAAUAUUAUGAUUCAGCGUUCACUAUUUCCAAUCUGACGUCAGCCCUCAACAAGAGUAGCCUCGAGGAUCAUCUCACCGACGAGCAGAAAGCCGUUUCGAGGGCCUUCGAGAAAAUGACUGAGAACUCCUUCAACAUCUCCCACAUUCCGCUACGAUUGGAGCAUAUUGGAGAGAUUAUCGCCACUUUGCCAAAUGUUUUCGGUUUUUUGCGUCCACUCGUCGGUGUGAUCGCCUCGAGAGAUGUGUCGACGAGGGUCCGAUUU